UUGACUUGCUAUAACUUCUACAUUUUUUUGCCGAUCUUGGAUUGUGAACCACUGUAACAAAGCGCCAUCUUUGGUCUAUGCGUCAGUGUCGUCGUACAUUUUUUUUUUAAAUCCUUCUCCUUAUACAGGGUGUGAAUGUAAGGCGGCGAAAAAUUUCGAUUUUUUGGCGAAGAAUAUGAGAAAGAUGGGGGAUCCGAUAAAGUUCUUUCUGAUGCUCGGUGAAUCACUGGGUCAAUACCUCGGGACGUCUUUGCCAUUUUUUCGAUACACUGCGUUGCUAUGGAAAUAUUGCCAUUUUAUGGAAUUUAGUUUUCCUCUUGAAAUUAGCGAUUCUUUAAUUGAACAAUAACAGAUUCCGUCUAAAUUGCAUCAAGGAAUGACUUGUAUAGAGGCCGAGUUCGUUUUAGUCGUCGGACGCCUCGAAUGUCUCUAAAUGCGUUCGUUUAUUGUUUCUGACGUGUUGGAGGUAAAUAAAUCUGCGUUCGUUUUUAAACAUCUGGAUGUCUCAGAGGACCCUCGUUUUCGUCGGAGCUUAUUGACCGAGCGUUCAGAUGACAGUACUGAUGACAGCCGAAAAACAGCAAUAACACACAACCAUCAAUAAUUAUUUUAUUUUCUCUAUAUUCAAUGGAAAAUACAGGAAGCCCCCAGCUUGUGGAGCUGGUCCACACUCCGAGUGGUUCUAAAUUUAGAGUAUGGCUGACAGAGUACGAGAUAAAUAGGGCAAAAACAGAUCAGGCAUUUCUCGAUGAGCUUACACAAAAAUACUAUGGAUUCCACAAGAAAAAUCUUGUCACGUCCAUCGAUUCGUUUGAAGUUGGAGAAUCAAAUGCGCAUCCAGAAACAGCAAAGCUUUGGACAUUUGAUACUACAAAUUUUCUAAUAUCAUUGGUGAAGAAAUACGAUGACGAAUUCCAAAGCAAAGUUAAAAGACAUGUAUGGCAGAAAAUAGCAACCAUUGUUUCUGAUCAGACUAAAUUAAAUGUGAGUGCACAGCAGUGUGACACAAAGUGGAAAGGGCUGAAAGAUAUGUACAAAAAUAUCAAACAACAUAAUGAAAAGUCUGGAAAUGAUGCAAAAAAAUGGAUAUUUUUCAAUAAGAUGGAUGAGUUCAUGUACAAGAAACCUGAGAUAGUUCCCCCUGUAACGUGUAGCAGUUCAAGAGGGCUCAAAAUUAACAACAGUGCAACAGCCACUACUUCAACAGAUGUAGAUUGUGAAGAAAAUACUACUGACUUUAAUGACAUAGAGAAUGACACCCCCAAAAGAACUGGCAACUUGGGCAGAAAAAGAGCAAGAUAUGAAAAUACUGUCGAUAAGCGCCAUAAGGACAAAAUGCAACGCCAAGAUCGAUUUCUUGAUUUGUUCGAAGAUUUGGUGAAUACCAUGAAAAAUAAGUGA